CAUAACUUCAUGGGAAACACUCGGUUCAUUUUGGCUCUUAUAUUGGUGGUGGUGCUGCCUAAUUUCGCGGUUUCAUUCUCUAUGAAAUCAACAACCGACACCAAAACAGAUCAGCUGGCUCUUCUUGCAAUAAAAGCCCACGUCAACAGUGAUCUGCUGGCUACCAACUGGUCUACUGCUCCCUCUAUUUGCAAUUGGGUUGGUGUUACUUGCGGAUCUCGACACCACAGAGUCAUGGCUUUGGAUCUAUUUGGCAUGAAUCUCUCUGGCACCAUAGCACCAGACAUGGGAAAUCUGCCGUUCCUUGCUUUCCUUGACAUUGGAAACAACAGUUUUCAUGGUUCGUUGCCUAUCGAGUUGGCUAAUUUGCGUCGGUUGAAAUAUUUAAUAUUGUCCAACAACAAUUUCAACGGGAGAAUCCCAUCCUGGGUUGGUUCUUUCUCUAAACUUCAAAACUUGAGUUUGAAUGGUAAUAACUUUGUGGGAGUUAUUCCAUCUUCUUUGUGCUUUUUGCCAAAACUAGAGAUCUUGAGCUUGGAUAAUAACAAUCUGCAAGGACACAUCCCCGUGGAAAUCGGAAAUCUCUCUAACUUGAGAUUUUUAUAUUUACACGGUAAUCAACUUUCAGGCUCCAUACCUUCCUCAGUCUUCAACAUAUCUUCAUUGCUGGAGAUUAUUCUCAGGAACAACCAGCUAAUUGGUUCUAUACCUUCCAUCUCACUCAACAUGUCCUCCCUCCAAGUAAUUGAUUUUACAUUUAAUAACCUCACUGGUCAUAUCUCGUCAAAUAUGUUUGAUGGUUUACCUAAAUUAAAAGGGCUCUACUUGAGUUUCAACCACCUUUCUGGUCCUAUUUCAAUGAGUAUAUUCAAGUGCCAAGAGUUAGAAGAUUUAUCCUUAUCUCACAAUCAUUUGGAGGGAACUAUACCAAAAGAAAUAGGAAAUGUGACUAUGCUUAAGCGUCUGUAUCUUGGACACAACAGCCUCAAAGGUGAAAUUCCACAACAGAUUGGUAAUCUAACACUUUUGAAAGUGCUUACUUUUUCCUAUAAUAAAUUGACAGGUAAAAUUCCAUUUGAGAUAGGCAACCUACCAACAUUGGAAAUUUUGAAUUUGGGAUCUAACAGCAUCUCCGGACAUAUCCCUCCUCAUAUCUUUAAUAGCUCAACUGUGACAGUCAUUGCGCUCGAUUUCAAUUAUCUCUCAGGUUGUCUUCCAUGGAGCACAGGACUAUGGCUUCCAAAACUUGAAUGGCUUCUACUUGGUAUAAAUAUGCUCAAUGGAACAAUACCUUCUUCCAUCUCCAAUGCCUCUAAGCUAAAAAUGCUUGACUUGUCAGUUAAUUCAUUUUCUGGAUAUAUUCCCAAUAACCUCGGGAAUCUAAGAGAUCUACAAGUGCUCAACUUACAGGUUAAUAAUUUAGCUCACUCACCUUCAUCCCCAGAAUUGAGCUUUCUCUCAUCUUUAGCACAUUGCAAAGACUUGAGAAUGCUGAAUUUUAAUGAUAACCCAUUCAUCGAUGGUGAACUUCCUAUCUCGAUAGGAAAUCUCUCUAUUUCUCUAGAAGAAUUAGAUGCUUCGCAUUGCAACAUUCGAGGCAACAUUCCAAGAGAGAUUGGCAACCUAAUCAAUUUGAUCAGCUUGUAUAUAGCUAACAACGCACUGAUUGGAACUAUUCCCACCACAAUCGAAAGAUUAGAAAAGUUGCAAGGUCUCUCUCUUGAAGGCAAUACAUUAGAAGGUUCCAUUCCAUUUGAGUUAUGUCAUCUGAAGAGUUUAGGUUACUUGUAUCUUACAGGUAACAAAUUGUCUGGAUCAAUACCAAAAUGCUUGGGUGAUCUCGUUUCUCUUAGGCAUCUAUAUUUGGGCUCCAAUGAGUUUGCAAACUCAAUACCCUCAACCUUCACAAGGCUUAUAGAUAUCUUGCAACUAAAUUUGUCUUCCAAUUUUCUUAGCGGGGCUCUCCCAAUUGAUAUUGGAAAGUUGAAGGUUGUUACUAGUAUUGAUUUUUCCAAAAAUCAAUUAUCAAGUGAAAUUCCGAGUAGCAUUGGUGAUCUGAAAGACCUAACUUAUCUUUCAUUAUCCGAUAACAGAUUGUAUGGGUCCAUACUAGAGUUAUUUGGUGGGCUAAUAGGAUUGGAAUUCUUGGAUCUAUCAAGGAAUAAUUUCUCUGGAAUUAUUCCAAAGUCCUUGCAAAAACUCUUGCAUCUCAAGUAUUUGAAUGUCUCAUACAAUAGACUACAUGGAGAAAUUCCUAACGGAGGACCCUUUGCCAACUACUCAAUUCAAUCAUUUAUGGGGAAUGAAGCACUGUGUGGUGCACCUCAAUUGCAACUCCCACCGUGCACAAGCAAUUAUGCUAAACAUUCAAGGAAAGCUACUAAGCUUAUAGAAUUUAUUCUAUUGCCAGUUGACUCAACACUAUUAAUUCUAGCCUUAAUUGUCUUUUUCUUCCAAAGCCGAAGAAAGCAUUCAAAGGAAAAAAUUAGUCGAGAAGAUUCUAUUGGUUUAGCAAAUUGGAGAAGAAUUUCAUACCAAGAGAUUCAUCAAGCCACAAAUGGUUUUUGUGAAAGCAAAUUACUUGGUGCGGGGAGUUUUGGCUCGGUAUACCAAGGUACUUUUUCAGAUGGACUGAACAUAGCCAUAAAAGUCUUUAAUUUGGAGGUAGAAGGAUCAUUUAAGAGCUUUGAUGUUGAAUGUGACAUCUUGCGCAACAUUCGCCAUCGCAAUUUAGUCAAAAUCAUCAGUAGUUGUUGCAAUGUUGAUUUUAAAGCCUUGGUCCUUGAGUUCAUGCCUAAUGGAAGCCUCGAGAAGUGGUUGUAUUCUCACAACUACUUUCUUGAUAUCUUGCAUAGGUUGAACAUUAUGAUUGACGUGGCAUCUGCAUUAGAAUACCUCCAUCAUGGUCAGACAAUUCCUGUGGCCCAUUGUGAUUUAAAACCCAACAAUGUUCUAUUAGAUGAAGAUAUGAUUGCACAUUUGGGUGAUUUUGGCAUUGCAAAGCUGUUUGGUGAAGAGGAUUCAAAGGUCCAAACCAUAACACUAGCAACAAUUGGGUAUAUGGCACCAGAAUACGGAACACAAGGAGUUGUUUCCAUAAAAAGCGACGUGUAUAGUUUUGGUAUUCUUCUAAUUGAAACCUUAACAAGGAAAAAGCCCACAGAUGAAAUGUUUGUUGGAGAAAUGAGCUUAAAACAUUGGGUGAUUAAGUAGUUGCCAUCUGCAUUAACUCAAGUUAUAGAUGCCAAUUUGCUAAUUAGUACCAAGGAGCGAGAACAUUUUGCAAUAAAGGAUUGUGCAUUGUCUAUUUUGCAAUUAGCGUUAGAAUGUUCAGAAGAGUUGCCAGAAGAGAGGAUUGACAUGAAAAACGUUGUUGCUAAGCUGAAGAAGAUCAAAAUCAAGUUUUUGAAGGAUUCGAAUAGUCGGGCUUGAUGAAAAUACCAUCAUGUUGAUGACAUUUCCAUUGGACUCCUUUGAAUCCCAAAUCGAGAAAAUGAAGUUUGAGUGCAUGUUCAACGUAUCAAUGUCAAAAUGCUUUAACCCAGUAAUUGGUUGUUUCCUUUUGCUUUAUUUUGGAGGCGAGUACCUGUCUUGAUUUCCUUUUCUUCACAAGCCGAUUGCUUUAUGAUGUUAUUUUUAUGUUAUGCUAUGAUAAC